AUGAAGUCUGUCUACAGCGAUUUUGACGACAGCAAAGCCACUGAGUCAGUAGCUGGCAGCGACCUCAACCCAUUCAACGCCCCAGACUCUCUCCUGGAGAACCAAAUACCAUCCUUAAACAUUCGUCGCUACCCGAAAAAGAAGAUCAAACUUGAGCAUGGCCACAUCUUGAGCUUGGACUAUCCCGUACCAAGCGCAAUCCAGAAUGCGGUACAGCGAGAAUUCCGAGAAUCGAAGGAAUUGGGAGAAGAGUUCUCUCAGUUGCGCUACACCGCGGCCGUUUGUGAUCCAGACGAUUUCGUGCCUCGACGUGGCUAUAAUCUCCACCCUGCGAUGUAUAACCGUCAUACUGAGUUACUUAUCGCUAUGACCUACCGCGACGAAAACAAAGUCCUCACUUCUCGAACCCUCCACGCCGUCAUGCAAAAUAUUCGAGAUAUCUGUCACGCUAGAUCGGAGUUCUGGUCUCAAGGUGGUCCAGCUUGGCAAAAGAUUGUUUGCACCGUGGUCAUGGAUGGUAUUGACCCCUCUGAUAGCGGCACUCUUGACACAUUAGCGACUAUUGGUGUCUUUCAAGAGGAUAUCAUGAAAAAGGCCGUCAAUGGCAAAGAAACAGUUGCUCAUAUCUUCGAAUACACCACCCAACUCUCAGUAACAGAAAAUCAGGAGCUAGUCCAGCCUCAAAAUGACGACCCAAUGAGCUUCCCACCUAUCCAAAUGAUACUUUGCAUAAAGCAACGGUCAACCAGCAAAGUUAACUCCCACCGAUGGAUCUUUAACGGAUUCUGUCGUAUCCUCAACCCUGAAGUGGUGGUGCUUCUUGAUACCGGCACAAAACCUCAGCGCAAGUCUCUUCUAGCUCUAUGGCAGUCUUUCUAUAACGACAAAAACCUUGGCGCUGCCUACGGUGAGGUGACCUCAAGCAUCAAUGGAAACUCAGAUUAUCUUAACCCUUAUGUUGCGGCUCAGACCUUUGAGUAUGAAAAGGCCAAUGUCCUUGAAAAGCCGCUGGAGAGCAGUCUUGGCUAUGUGACCGGAGGCUUGUUCUCUGCAUACCGGUACCGAGCUGUGAUGGGCCGGCCACUGGAGCAAUACUUCAACGGCGAUCAAACCCUAGCAAAGAAGCUUGGCAAAAAUGGUCUUGAAGGUAUGAAUAUCCUCAAGAAAAAUAUGUUUUUUGCUUGUGAUCGCAUUCUCGCCUUUGAAACGCUAGCAAAGCGUGGCUCUAAAUGGCGAUUGUCAUUUGUCAAAGCUGCGAAAUGUGAAGUACAAGUUCCGAAGAACUUGGUGGAGCUGAUGGCUCAGCGGCGCCAGGACUUUAAUGGCGCAUUUGCUGCUAGUAUUUAUACGGCCAUCCAUGUCGGUCAGAUCUACAAAAGUGACCAUGGUCCUAUACAAUUGCUGCUUUUUCACUUGCAACUCCUUUACAGCCUGGCUCAUUUCAUACUGAGCUGGUUCUCUUUAGCUUCCUUUUGGAUUAUCACACAGACGGUCAUGCUCCUUGUAGGCACGGCUAGUGUGUCGAAUGACGAAAAAGCAUGGCCAUUUGGCAAUGAAGGCUCUCCGAUCUUGAAUAAUUUUCUAUUGCACUUCUCUACUGCCUUUCUAGGUCUUCAGUUCAUUCUCUCACUCGGGAAUCGUCCAAAAGGUUCCCGCAUGGCCUAUACUCUGACAGUCAUGGUCUUUUCUGUGAUUCAGAUUUACAUUGUGGUUCUCGUGGUUUAUCUUUUGGUGAUGUAUACGAGUGGAUCAUCCGUCCAUUUGAUAUUGGACGAAGAAACCAUAAAGACCGCCCAUUGGGGCAUUUUAGGUGCUGACAUAGCUUUGACUGCCUUGGUAGGCACCUACGGAGCUCAUCUCAUUGCAAGCAUUUUUCAAUUUAGGCUAUGGCGCCUGAUAACUACCUGGUGGGCCGACCUUAUCGGAAUGUCUUGUAUCGCCAAUAUCCUGAUGGUGUACGCCUUUUGCAACUGGCACGAUGUCAUCUUACGCGUGCCAGUCACGGAAAAUGCUGCGGCCUUACCUCAGGCCACUUCUCAGAAAGAUGAAAAGCAUAAAUUCAUUGAAGAGGUGGACAGGCUUCAACUCGAAAUUGAUACCCAGUUCUCAAAAGCAGUCCAAAGAGCACUGAAACCCGCUGAGAUGGAAGGCGACGGUUGGGAGCCGAUGAGCCUAGAGGAUUCGUAUAAAUCAUUUAGAACAUAUUUGGUGUUGCUAUGGGUUUUCAGCAAUAUCCUUCUUGUUAUUUAUAUCAGCGCAACGGGUACGAACCGAUUUUGCUUCACGGACAUCCCAAUUACACGUCUGUGGAAUUAUACAGUGGCAACUAUGUGGUCAAUCGUUGGCUUAUCACUUUUCCGAUUUGUUGGCUCGAUGUGGUUUCUAGUGAAAACCGGUGCGCUUUCGUGCUUCCGGAAACGCUAG